AUGCCGCACCGGGUCUUCCAGAAAACCGACGGCAUAUCCAGCGCCGCAGAAGCGAGCAUGUGGCACCGGCCGCCGCUGAUCUGCACCCAGCGCGGCGCGGCGGCCGGGGCAGGCGUAGACGGCGCCGCAGGAGCCACUGAAUCGGCGACCGCCCGCAGCUCAGAAGGCGGCGACCACGUCAGCAAUUUCUCGUUGACCUGGUCGAUCCUGGUCUGGAGGUUCGCCACGACUGCGUCCAGGCGAUCUUCUGGCGCCGACAGGCGAUCGGCGGCGUCCUCCCCCAAAGCCUUUUCGGAGAGCGCCUCCUCGACGUAG